GGGUGGGGUGAUCGGACGGAUCGGAUCUGGCAAUAAGGCCGUCUGGGACAAAACAAAACAAGCAAAUUUCGAAUCGAUUUUAAUUUCGUUAUACUUAUCUAACUACUGGGGAUAAUUAAAAAUAAUAUUUGAUUCGCGUUUCAGUGAUGAGUUUUAAUUGUAUGUGUACAUUUAAUUAUUUCUAUGAAUUGUGAUUGUGAUACGUUUUAGUGAUGCAUUGGAAGGCUAAGCUUUAUCGUUUUUCCAUUAUGGCCGCCGGGUUGUAUUUUCCAAUUUCUGUUUAUUGUAAUUUUUUUACAAACGUUGGUGAUGGUGUUAACGUAUCCGUUAUUACUCGGAGAAUAAAAUCGGGUAACAUCAGUGACAAAUCAUUAUACAGUUUAUUUCUGUGACAAUAAAAUGUACCGAAAAUGUAUGUAGGUAUACUUCCUGAAUGAAAAUAAGUAAAUAAGUACCUAUCUAUAAUUUUGUUGUAUGUACUGAACAGUGUAGUGAAUAUUAUAGUGUGUAAGUUAAACUACCUACCUUACUCGCGAUGUCACACGAUGAGCGGUCGUGAUGAGUCUGCUGUACUCCUCGGUGUCAGUUCUACUCAUCAAAGUAUGGGGGUCGAACGCGUGGUGUCAGGCGGAGGCGCGACGGCGGCGACGGUUGCGCUCAAUGGCGCGCCGCCCGACCGUCGAGAAGAACCGCCACGUAAGAAGAUCAAGAUGUCGCCCGAAGAUGUACAUGCGCUGCGCUCGCGCAUCCUUGACUGUGAGGCUCUGCGGCAGAAGAGUCUCCGCGAGAGGAUCACGGAGCAGCUGAGCGAGUUGUACUUUCUGCAGGCAGGGGGAAACAUGAUGGACUAUGCCGCGUGGCGAAAGCGGCCGCCCGCGCCUCAGCUGCUAGCCUUCCUGGAGGCACGGCGACCGGCGCCGGUGACAACGCCCACUCCGCCCCCGCCGCCCGCACCAGCCGUCGCCGCAGACGAGGUGCUGGAGAAGGCGAAGCAGGAGGCAGUGGUGGCGCGGCGCGUGGCGGAGCUGGCGCGUGCGGGUCUGUGGGCAGAGCGGCGGCUGCCGCGUGUGUUGGAGCCGCCACGCGCGAAGACUCACUGGGACUACCUGCUCGAAGAGAUGGCUUGGCUCGCGCAGGACUUCGCGUACGAGCGCAAGUGGAAGAAGCAGGCGGCCAAGAAGUGUGCAAGAGCUAUUCAAAAAUAUUUCCAAGACAAGGCUACGGCGGCACAGAAAGCUGAAAAAGCGCAAGAGCUACAGUUACGUAAAAUAGCAGCGUUCGCGGCAAAAGAGAUUAGGACAUUUUGGUCUAAUGUGGAAAAGCUAGUGGAAUGGAAGCGUGUGAAGCGCGUGGAGCGGGCGCGCAAGGAGGCGCUGGACGAGCAGCUGAGCUACAUCGUGGACCGCACGGAGCGCUACUCGCGGCAGCUGGCGGCCAACCUUCACGCGCCCGCGCGCGCCGGCUCCGACGACGAGUUCCAGCCGCGGGGCGAGUCUAGCGACGACGAGGAGACCAUCGCCGCCGCCGAGCGCGACGCGCCCGACCACCGCGACGAGAUCGACGCGCUGCGCCGCGAGUCGCGACUCGCGCUCGCCGACCUGCUGCCGCCCGGCUACCUCGCGCAGCCCUACCACUCGCCGCCGCCCUCCGACUACGCGGCCGACGACGACUCCGCCGACGACGAGUCCACCAUCGCCGAGCAGGAGCGCGCCGAGAGCCCGCGCGACGCCGACGACGAGCUGGCCGCGCUCAAGCGCGACGCCGACCUCUCCGUGGAUGAGCUCGUGCGCCAGUACGGGGGCGCAGCGGCUGCGCCCGUCGACUCGGACGACGACUCGGAUGACGCAGCGUCAUCCACCUCUGCGUCGUCGUCGAGUGCAUCGGAAGCGCUAGAGGCGCUGAUGGAGCAGCCGAGCGGCGCCGCGACCGACGGCGGGGCGGAGGGCGGCGAGGAACGCGUGCAGGCGUGGGCUCAGCUGGCCGCGUCGCUGCAGCCGACUGGCACCACUCUGUCUGAGACGGCGGUGGGCACGCCGGUUCCGCGGCUGCUGAAGCAUCCGCUGCGCGAGUACCAGCACGUGGGUCUUCAUUGGCUGGCCACCAUGCACGCGCGUGCGCUCAACGGUAUCUUGGCGGACGAGAUGGGGCUCGGCAAGACUAUCCAGACAAUUGCUUUACUGGCCCACCUCGCCGAACGCGGCUGCUGGGGGCCACAUCUCGUGGUCGCACCUACAUCCGUCGUGCUCAACUGGGAGAUGGAGUUUAAGAAGUGGUGUCCGGCCUUCAAGAUCCUAACGUAUUACGGCACUAUAAAGGAAAGGAAGCUGAAGCGUGUCGGUUGGACAAAAGCGAACUCUUUUCACGUGUGCAUAACAUCAUACAAACUCGUAGUGCAGGACCAUCAAAGUUUCCGACGAAAAAGGUGGAAAUAUCUCAUACUGGACGAGGCGCAGAACAUUAAAAACUUUAAAUCUCAACGGUGGCAGAUGCUGCUGAACUUCCAGACGGAGCGGCGGUUGUUGCUGACGGGCACACCGCUGCAGAACAGCCUACUGGAGCUAUGGUCGUUGAUGCACUUCCUGAUGCCAGACGUGUUCGCAUCGCAUUCGGAAUUCCGCGAGUGGUUCGGCGAACUCGGCGCCGAGCACGACCGCAACGACGCGCUCGUGCGACGACUGCACGAGGUGCUGCGGCCCUUCCUGCUGCGGCGGCUCAAGGCGGACGUGGAGCGCCAGAUGCCGCGCAAGUACGAGCACGUGCUGCUGUGUCGCCUCGCCAAGCGGCAGCGCUGUCUUUAUGACGACUUCAUGGCGCGCGCGCGAACCAAGGAGAGCCUCGCAUCCGGCAACCUGCUCAGCGUCAUCAACGUGCUCAUGCAGCUGCGCAAGGUGUGCAACCAUCCGGACUUGUUCGAGCCGCGGCCCGUGUGUUCGCCGCUGGCGCUGGCGGCGCUGCGCGUGGCCGCGCCCGCGGUCGUACUUGCGGCGGACGUAGCGCGGCGCGCGGCUCUAGCAGCGCGUCUGGGCGGCGACCUGGCCACGCUGGAGGCGAACGGCGCAGAUGCGCUGGCGGCGCACCGCGCGCGCCAUCUGGCGCCGCCGCGCCGGCUGCUGGAGGAGCUGGGCGCGGCGCGCGCGCGGCCGCGGCCGCCGCCCGCCGCGCUGCGCCUGCACCUGCGGCUGGUGGCGCGCGCCAACCCCGCCGCCAACGCCGCGCCCGCACCGCCGCCGCGCCCCCUCUCCGCACACCCGGCCCCGCACCUGCCGCCGCCACCGUCUACACCCGCACCCGCAGGCCCGGCGCUGGCGCGGCUAGAGCUGCGCCGGCGUGUGUCGCUGCGGCGGCUGGCGGCGGUCAACGAGCGGCGCUGCUGGCGCCUGCCGCUAUACGGCGCCGAUCUGCGCGCCGCGUUGGCCGUGCCCGCUCCGCCUGCGCCCUGGGCUCCGCUCGCGCCCCUCUGCGAGGGCACACUGAACGAAACCGUGCGUGCCCUCAUAGACAGGUUCAGUGUGUGUUGUGCGGUGGCGCGGGCGCCGGCGCCGGUGCUGGUGGCGGGCGCGGGCGCGGGCCCGCGCGCGUGGCGGCGGGCGGCGGCGCGGCUGGAGGCGGGCGCGGCGCCGCGCGCGCGGGCGCUGCUGGCGCUGCUGCACGCGCCCGCGUCGCGGCAGGCGGUUGCGUUCCCGCACCCCUCGCUGCUGCAGUACGACUGCGGCAAGCUGCAGACGCUUGACUCGCUGCUGCGUACGCUCAAGGCGGGCAAGCACCGCGUGCUGAUCUUCACGCAGAUGACGCGCGUGCUGGACGUGCUGGAGGCGUUCCUGUCGCUGCACGGGCACGCGUACCUGCGGCUGGACGGCGCCACGCGCGUGGAGCAGCGGCAGGCGCUGGUGGAGCGCUUCAACGCCGACCCGCGCGUGUUCGCCUUCAUCCUGUCCACGCGCUCGGGCGGCGUGGGGCUCAACCUCACGGGCGCCGACUGCGUCGUGUUCUACGACUCGGACUGGAACCCCACUAUGGACGCGCAGGCGCAGGACCGCUGUCACCGCAUCGGGCAGACGCGCGACGUGCACGUGUACCGGCUGGUGACGGCCGCCACCGUGGAGGAGAACAUCCUGCGCAAGGCCGAGCAGAAGCGCGCGCUCGGCCACCUCGCCAUCGAGCACGGCAACUUCACCACCUCCUAUCUGCGCGCGAGCAACAUCAAGGAGCUGUUCGGCGCGGAGAGCCCGGCGAGCGCGGAGGCCGGUGCGCCGAGCUCGGGCUCGGGCGAGGGCGAGCUGGAGAGCGCGCUGGCGGCCGCCGAGGACGAGGCGGACGCGGCGGCGGCGCGGGCGGCGCGCGCUGAGCAGCAGACGGAGCUGGCGGAGUUCGACGAGACGCUGCCGCUGCCCGACGACGAGCCCGACCGCGCCGACCCCGAGGCCGACCGCCUCAUGAACCAGCUGACUCCGAUUGAAAAAUAUGCGAUGCGCAUGGUGGAGAGUAGUGAGGCGGCGACGGAAGCGGAGCGUGCGGCGCUCGGGGAGAUGCGGCGGCAGCUCAGAGAGUGGGAGGACGCGCGGCGGCUGCUGCGGGAGGAGAGUCCGCCCGCCCCCGCCCCAGCGCCCGCGCCCGCCCUCACCUACCCGCGCCCGCCCGCCGCCAGCCAGGUAUGGAUCACCAUGAACGGCGGUCCCGAGACGAUGCCGAUGUGGAGUCCGCCCACCCCGCCCUCCGGCGACGGCGACGUGUACUGCGACAGCUGGGCGCGCGCGCUGUACCGGCGGGGCGCCGCCCCCGACUGCCUGCUGCCGGCCGCCCGCCCCCGCGACCCCCGCGACCCCCGCGCCGCGCGCGAGCCCCGCCGCGCCCGCCCCGCGCCACGCGCGCCGCUCGCGCCGCCCUCGCUGUUCGAGCGCGGCGGAGCGCGACCUCGUGCGCGCGCGCGUCUGCCCGCCGCGCCGCACGCGCACCACGCGGCGCCCGCCGCGCCCGACUGGGGCGGCUGCGAGGACGCCGCGUUGCGCCGCGCGCUACGGCUGCAGCGGCUGCCGCCCGAACCGCCCGCCGCGCUCGCGCCCAACUGGGACUGGGUGAGCGACGCACUGGGCGAUGCGGCGCGCGCUUACCGCUCGGCGCGCGCGUGCCGGGACCGGCACGACGCGCUGGCCGACCCGGAGCGCGCGCGCCGCAAGCACCGCCGCGCCGCCGCCGCGCGCCGCCGCCAGGACGACGACGCGCUGCGCCCGCCGCUGGCCCGCUUCGAGGCGAUGCGCGAGGCGGCCGAGCGCCGCCGCGCCGCCCCUAAGCGACGCCUCGACGACCCACAACAUCCAAACCCCAAGCACGCGGCGCUUCUCGCUGACCACGGCGUGGACUACGACACGCCGCCCUCGCCCAUGGAGGUGGCGUCGCGCCGCGCCGAGCGCAUCGCCAAGGAGAAGCUGAAGGCGGGCGCGCCGGCCGGCCCCAGCGCGCCGCCGGCCGCCGCGGCGCCGCAGCGCAUCGUGGUGGCUACUCACGCCACGCACGCGGCCGCGCAAGCCGCCAAGAGCGAGGCGGUGCGGCGAGCCAAGGUGGCAGUGUCGGCGGCGCCCGCGGCCAGCGUGGCGGUGAGCGUGGCGGCCAGCGUCGCGACACCGCAGCUGCUAUACCGCCAGCAACAGGCGUUGGCCGCGAGACAUCAGCUCAAGAUUUUACACGCUGGACCACAACAUGGACAGGUAAGCAGUGCAAGCGGUGGCGAGGCAAGUGGAGCGGCAUUGCGGGCCCUGCAGCUCCGUCGUGCGGGCCCGGUGCCGACGGCGGUCGCGGCGCCCCGGACGGCGGGCCCGGGCGCGGCGCCCCGUCCCGCGGUCCCUGCGCCCCGUUUGCUGGCGCGCCAUUCGCACGUGCUGGUGACGCAGCUGGCACCCGCCCCGGCACCCGCGCCCCGCCCGCCUGAUUCUAGACAAUAAACAUCAUUUGACGCAACCGAACGACUCAUUUGUUUCAUUUAUACUUUCCUUCCAAAACACGAUUUCUCAA